CGCGGAGCGAGUGGCGCUGACGUCACGGGGCAGCGGGGUAUAAAAGGCGCGUCCCGCGCCGCGCCCGCCGCCAUUCUGAGGGCUGGUGGAGGUUUUGGUUGCUCUGGAGAGGAAAACGCCGUCGCCUUUGCCACGAGAACAACCACCAAACAAACACACCGCAACAAAAAAAGCAACAAAGCAAACAAAACAAAACAAAACAAACAAAAUACAAACAUAUAUAUAUAUAUACCAUUACCCACAACAAAAACUCAACCCAAACCCCCCCCAAAAACAAACAAAACAGACCAAAAAACCCCCCCAAAAAAGCCAAGGGGAAGGAUCUGGAAGAGCCGCCAGCGCCUUUGGACCGUCCUUCAGGAGCCGUUGCAAACCGAAGGAACCUUUAACCCCAAACGUUCUCCCUCUUCUUCCUCCCCUUUAUCCCCUUUAAAAACCACCAACAAAGGUAGAAAAAACGCUUUUUUUUUUUGCUUUUUAAACAUUUUUUCCCUUUAGCACGAUUUUUUUUCAACCUGCGUUUAGCUUGAGAGCAAAAACCCCUUUAGGCAGCAAAAAGCGACCAAAAAACCCCUUCCAAAAGCACCUUUUAGAGCUUAAAUCCGAAACUUACCUUUUUUUUCGCUCCAAACCAUGACCAAAAAAAGCUCUUUUUUCGCUCUGAAAUGCCAAAAUCCAAUCGGUGAAGCCCUCGGCGAGAAAAUAUUGUUGGAUAGGCGUUUCUGCCAUGGGCUCGGGCCCCAUCGACCCCAAGGAGCUCCUGAAGGGCCUGGACUGUUUCCUGGGCCGUGAUGGGGAGGUCAAAACCAUGGAAGGCAUCUCCAAAAUCUUCAACUUAAUGAAGGACUCGCAGAAGAUGGUGAGUCGCUGCAUCUACCUGAACAUCCUGCUGCAGACACGGGCCCCUGACAUCCUGGCCAAGUUCAUCAGGAUUGGGGGGUACAAGCUGCUCAACACGUGGCUCACCAGCUCCAAGGCCUCCAACAACGUGCCCUUCCUGCAGCAGCUGCUGCUCACGCUGCAGCACCUGCCCCUCACCGUGGACCACCUCAAACAGAACAACACAGCCAAGCUGGUGAAGCAGCUCAGCAAAUCCAGCGAUGAUGAAGAGCUGCGCCGCCUCGCCUCCAUCCUGGUCAGUGACUGGAUGGGCGUCAUCCGCUCCCAGAGCAGCGCCCAGCCCGCUGAGCGGGACCGGAAGCGGCGGCGGGAGGAGCCCAAGGCCAAGCCCCCGCCGGGGCCUGAGAAGCCCCCCGAGGCCAAAGCCCCCCCCUGGGCCGAGGAGCCCCCCGAGAAGAAGCGGGAGAAGCCCAAGUCCCUGCGCACCACGGCCCCCAGCCACGCCAAGUUCCGCUCCACAGGGCUGGAGCUGGAGACCCCCUCGUUAGCGCCCAUCAAGAAAACGAGCUCGGCUGCACCCGGAGACAAGUACAACCUGAAACCUGUGCCCAUCAAGAGACAGAGCGUGUCCCUGCCUGGGGACACCCCUGUGGCUGAGAAGAAAUACAAACCCCUGAACACGGCCCCCAACGCCAACAAGGAGAUCAAAGUCAAGAUCAUCCCCCCCCAGCCCAUGGAGGGGUUGGGCUUCCUGGAUGCCCUCAACUCUGCCCCUGUGCCCGGCAUCAAGAUCAAGAAGAAGAAGAAACUUCUGUCCCCCACGGCCACAAAGCCCAGUCCCUUCGAGGGCAAAGCCGCCCCCGAGCCCGGCUGCCCCAAGGCCUCGUCCCCGGAGCCCGCGGCCGCCUCGGAGCCCCCCGAGAGCGAGCGGCCCGGCACCCCCGUGCCCCCCGUCGAGGUGCUGGAGCCCAGCGACGCCUGUGCCUCCGAGGAGGGCCGUGGCGGGGAGCAGCCCCCCGAGGCGGGGCGCAGGGGCCGCAAGAAGAAGACGGUGAGCUGGCCCGAGGAGAGCCGCCUGCGCCAGUUCUUCUACUUCGAGCUGGACGAGACGGAGCGAGUGAACGUGAACAAGAUCAAGGACUUUGGGGAGGCCGCCAAGCGGGAGCUGCUGAUGGACCGCGUGGCGUUCGAGACGGCGCGACGCCUGAGCCACGACACCAUGGAGGAGAAAGUGCCCUGGAGCUGCCCCCGGCCCCUGGAGCUGCCCCCUCCCCUCGUCCUGCCCGGCAGCGGCAGCCACGAGCGCUUCACCCAGGCUGAGAGGGAGAAGGGCAUCCUGCAGGAGCUGUUCCUGUCCAAGGAGAGUGUCCCUGACAGCCCCCACGAGCCUGAUCCCGAGUCCUACGAGCCGCUGCCGCCCAAACUGAUCCCCUUGGACGAGGAGUGCUCUGGCGAGGAGCUGCCGUACCCCGAGGGGCUGGAGCCCGGCGCGGCCGCGGCGCCGGAGGCCGGAGCCAAACUGCCGCCGGUACUCGCCAACCUGAUGGGCAGCGUGGGGGCGGGGAAAGGGCCGCCGGGGGCGGGGCCAGCGCCGGCUCGCCAAUCAAACAUGCAGGACAUCCUCAGCUCCAUCAUGGGAGGCCCCAGUGGGCACAAGGCCGAGGAGCUGCUGAAGCAACCAGAUUACUCAGAGAAGAUCAAACACUUGCUGGGGAACCUGCAGGGCCAGGCCGGGCCUCAGCCAGUGCCCCACGGGCUGCUGGGCCCCGGCCCCAUGGCCAACGGCUUCCCGCCCGGCCCCAAGGGGCUGCAGCGCUUCCCCCCGGGGGGGCCCCUGCCUGGGCCCCGGGGGGGGGUCCCGGGGGGGGGGAUGCCGGGCGGGGGAGGGGCGGGGGGAGGCCCCAGGAUGUUGGGGCCCCCUCCCCCACCCCCUCCCCCCCCUCCCCGCGAUUUCUGGGACGGGCGGGGGCGGGGGGGGGCCCCCCCCAUGCGCGGGGGGGGCGGGGGCGGGAUGCGGGGGGGCGGCGGCGGGGGGGGCCCGUUCCACCGGCCCCGGGGGCGCAACGGCGCCGACGGCCCCUACCGCUGCCGGGGGGGGGGGCGGCCGCAGCGGGGGGGGGGCCCCCCCAAUAACGGCCGCGGCGGGGGAGGGGGGCGGAGGGGGAGGAGGAGGGGGCGGCCCCCCCCCGCCGGCGGCCACAACGAGCACGGCCGGGGCCACCCCGGGGAGCACCCCCGAGGCCACGGCGGCAACUACUGGGGGGCUGAGAUGGGCCGGCCCCGGGGCACGCUGGGAGCUGAAGUCCAGCCCCGGGGCACGCUGGGAGCUGAAGUCCAGCACUGA